AUGUCACCUUCCCUUCCUCCCCGUCCGGCGAGUCCACGAACAAGAACACCUCAAAACACCGCUGUCCAUCUGCCGGGCAAUCGAAAGAUUCGACCUUUGGUCUAUGCAAUCGGGGUCGCUGGCAUAGUCGCAUCAGGGGCAUUCAUUGGUGCCAUCUUGAAGACUGACAGGCAACAAGAGGCUGCAAGAAAGUCCAAUCCAACUCCAAACGAAGAAACAGGCGAACGAGUGGAAGCAGCUGAACCCGCAAUCGCCGCGUUGGGUGAUAAUAAGGUGUACCUCGGAUCUCUUGAGAUGUUGGAGACGAAGCGCGCCCAGCUCUUGGGUCAAAAGGUCGCGCUAGAACGAAAACUUCAGGACUUUCGAGAGUCUCAGCGAAGAAGAGCCGAGGAAGAGAGGGAGAGAAAGGAGUUUGGGCUGAGGAGAUGA